AUGAAGAAGAAACCAGAAAAUUUUCUCGUUGAUAACACCCUGUAAUCUUAAUGCAGUGCAGUCAAUAAAUUAAAAAAUCAAAACGCAAAACUCAAAACUGAACUAAGAGUCCUCAAACGCUCACUUGAAGAAGCAAUUUCUAGACAAAGAAAAAUUGAUAGCGAGAAAACUAAAAUUCCUCAGCAUAAUGGGAAUAACACAGAAUUAGAAAAAGAAUUAAACAAUGUAUAUUGGAAAAUUAAUGACUAUAAAAAAGAUAUCAAUGAAAUGAAAAUGCAGCUGAUUGGAAAUUUGAAAAAUCCAAAAAUCACAGAUCUUGAAAACAGAAGAGCUUUUUUAAAGAAGCAAAUUGAAGAAGUAGAAGCUGAGUUUAUUGCAUUGCAAAAUAUAAACGUAAAACAAGAAAAAGCUUUAGAUGCAGCUGCUAAAGCCCAAGGCUACCCAGAAAAAAACGAAUUUUUAAGGCAAGAGCUGAAAAAGCUGAAAGAUGAAUAUCGAGAAAAAUCGUACAAGCAGCAAGUUGAUGAGAAAAAUUUGAAGGCCAGGCAUGAACUAUUCGUGGAUGUCAGAGAAAAAUGCAAGGCUUUAAAAGAAAUUAUAGCGAAAAAAAAUGCAGAGGAAGAUGACCCUAUUGACCCUGAAGCGUUAAAGUAUGACAUACCCACUCUUGAGAGAAAAAUAAAAGAAAUUGAAGAAAAAACCAAAGAAGAUGUAAAUGCGCUGAAAUUGAAAAUAAAAGAUCUUGAAACUCACAUAAAUGACAGCAAACAUACAUUAAGCUUGCUACAAGUAAAAUUAAAAGAAAAGGACCAAGAAACUCGAAUCUGUAUGCUUAAAAUAAGAGAACUCAGAAGAGCAGUUAGCCAUACUAAGUCAUUGAACAAACUAGGACUUCAAAAUCGUGGCUUUGAUGAGGUUGAUUUGCCGUUCAAGAGUAAUCGGUUGAAAGGAAUUUCAGAAAAAUCAUCAUUUCGCGAUUUAAGAUUAUCGCAAGAAAUGCAGUCACCUGUUCAAAACGAACCAAUAGAAGAAUAUCCGCCAAGAUAUGCAAACGAUGUCAAUGAAAAGAAGGAAGAAAUUAGUACAAAAGAACAAAGCGAAAAAGAGAAUUGGGAGCAAGAGGAUAGAAGUAGCGAUAAGCCUCAUAUAAAUCAGAUGAUAGAUAUGAUGUCUAGCAUAGAUGUCAAGUUAAGUUAAUCUUGAGGAUAGCCACCAGUUGCCUAUUGGCGUAUACCCACCUAGCCUGAAGAUUAGUUCCCUAAUUUAGAGCCAGCUCUUGAGGAUGCCCCGCUAGUCCAGCUCAUCUGGGAGGGACAGGAAAAAUCUUCGGGAUAAAACCUUCCCUCUUCAGCAAGCAUCCCCAAAUCCGAAGGCCUAUUUAAAACUGACAAAUGAACUAUAUUCAGAAUCGUCGGGACGGGUCUUAUCUGCUCCACAGGGAGUAUAUCUCGGAGUCCAUCUUCCGUCGAUCCCACCAUUUUAUUUCUUUUAUAGACGCCAAGGAAUCUUCAGUUGACGAAGAGAGUAUGGACUACAGGCAGGAAGUGGAUCAUAAAAUUUCAGCAUUUUCAAAGCCAAAUUUUGCAAUUCGCUAG